AUGCACUCUUGGAUUCCAUUUCUACCAUAUCUCCUUUUCCUGGUCUCCACAUACGCAUCAGGUGUCGAAGCAAGACGGGGUGGCGGAGGCGGAGAUUCAGACGACUACUACACAGGCGACAAUAGUGGUGGUGGCAGCAGCAGCGGCAGCACUGAUAGCUGCCACACGCCAAGACAUCCAACAGUCUGGAAAUGGGAUCUGAUCUCCCGCAAUGCAGAUAACUACACCUCCGGCGGUGUCUCAGGCGAAGACACAAGCUACGAUGGGUCAUUCUUCAAGGGCGAAGCCUCCUUCCACUACACCAUCACCGAGGAUGAGAUGUGUACUUACGGGAACAUGCGGGGCACCGAGCAUACCAUGCAGAUGCUCGGGUAUGUCUGGGUUGGCCCGCAGGCACCGUACCCUGUUGGCCCAACCAACCCGAUAAUAAUCGGAUUCAAGGCAUGGGAAUCGAGCAAGCCAUUGGACGAAAUCGGGGACUCGUAUGGCUAUAUCCAGUGGGAUGAGGACGGGAUUGCUUGUCCCAGUUAUCCGGACCUGAUCAGAAUCACGACAACCUAUGGAUGGUUUGAUUUUGAUACGCGAUCGUAUGGGGCUAUGGAUGUGAUGAAUAUGGCUAUAUCUGAGGCCCCGGGUCCCCAUGACCAGGGCAGGGUACGAUUCAACGCGACAAUGCCGGAUAAACUCGAUCAUGAAACCGACUUGCUUCUGAGAAUUCCAGGAUCGUAUCAAUGUACGAAUGAUUAUGAUUACAUGUUCGAUACUCCCCCCGAACGACUGGCUAUGAAUGGCUCCUUUACGAAUACGACGUUCGACUUGACUCUAUCGGGGAAGGGCAAUGCAUCGUCAGAAACGACAAUUGAGAAGCGUCAAUUGACCACUGAAUUUCGCUUGACCUUCUCGGGAGUGUUUGACGGGGAUAAUUCCACGGAAAAGCUGAGUCUGCGACAGCCUGGUCAGCCGCUGGUCACGUGGGUAGCGAAUUCUGGUCUGCGCCUUGUCUCGGUUGGUUGGAUGACCGGUCUGAUAUGUCUCGGGGUUCUUAUGGUGUUUAUGUAG